GGCUCAAGUACCUGAAACUCGCACCGCGCUCGGAAGCGGAAGCGGCCAUGGAAGCGGCUGCCCGGCUGAGCGCUUCGGGCACCGUAGCGAGCGGCAGCAUCUUCAACAGCGAGGAGCUCGAAGGGCUCAUCCUGAAGGACAAGAAGGCUUUCAUGAAGACCAAGUGCGCUGAAUGCGCUGGUAGCUGUGGCCUCGCCAAGAAGUACAAAGAGACCAUGGCAGUCAUUGUCAAGAGCAUGAUGGACACCUUUUGGUGCCGUGAUUGCGGGCGGGUGCUGUGCGAUACUCAUCGGUACCAACACACCUGUGAGAGAUUGGACGCUCUGAAAGCAAAGAAUGAUUCUUGGUCCAUGCAGGCUCUGCUGGAGCAACUCCGAGAGGACGAGGCACGAAAAGAUGCUUUGGAGGCACAGGUCAAGGCGGAGCAGCAGAGGGCGGCCGAGAAGCUCGAGGAGGAGAAGUCUCACAGGAAGAAUCAGCGAAAGCUACUGGCUUCGAAGGCGAAGCAAGUCGAAAGCUUUAUCCAGCAGCGGUCCAGAGAUAAGGACGGCCUGCGGCCUGCUGCGCACGCGAAGCUCCUGGAGCUCUACCCCCGAGUGAAGCGCCUGAGCUUGGCUUUGUACAAUCAGUUUGAGCACCCAGACAGUACACAGGUGGGUGGUCCAGAUUGGGAAGAAGUAAAGGAGAUCUAUGCAGAAGCCAGAGAAAUCACAGGAAUGAUCGUGAUGACAGAGGAUGGGCCGCUGGACAUGCGCAACCCCUGGGAUCCUCCAGAAGACCCAUCACAAGCUCAGGAUAUGCAAGAUGAUUGAGACCCGAGCAGUCUCAGUCUAGCGUUAAUGAACCUUUGAGGGGCUGCAUUGAAAUUGUGGGAGGUGAGCCUCCCUUGGCCUGACACGUGCACCAGCC